AAAAAAGGCGUUCCAAUGGGAUGCCCGAUGUGAAGAGGCAUUCAAAGCCUUGAAGGCUUACCUGAGCUCCCCUUUUGUCUUGAUAAGUCCCUUGUAGGGGGAGAAACUAACCCUCUAUCUAGCUGUUUCAGAUUUCUCAAUUAGUGCAGCUCUGGUGAGGGAGUGAGACAAGUCCCAGCAACAAGUCUACUACUGCAGUAGAGCUCUGAGGGGGGCGGAGGAGAGGUAUCCGAAAAUGGAAAAGCUUGUUUUAGCGCUGGUAACUACAGCUAGGACUAUUUUCAAGCUCAUACCAUCGAGGUUCCAACAGAACAGUCAAUGAAACAAGUGCUGCAUAAGCCAGAGUCCUCGAGGAGGCUGAUAAAGUGGGUCAUAGAGCUCAACAAGUUCGACAUCAGAUUUAAACCUAGAACUGCGGUCAAAGGUCAAGUUUUAGUAGAUUUCAUUGUAGAAUUUUACAACACCAGUACCUAUGGAAGCAACGCAGCUAGUACCUGACCUUCCUACAUGGAAGCUCUCUAUGGAUGGAGUUGCCAAUGCUCAAGGAAGUGGCGCAGGCCUGAUACUAACCUCUCCAGAUGGGAUAGACGUCGAGUACGCCCUCAGAUUUGGGUUUAAAGCUUCAAACAAUAAAGCAGAGUAUGAAGCCGUCAUUGUCGGACUUAAUCUGGCUCACUCAAUGGAAGCUGAGCAGUUGAAGAUCUGCAGUGAUUCCCAGCUGGUGUUAAAACAGAUAGAAGAAGCUUAUGAAGCUAAAGGCGAGAAGAUGAUUCUUUAUCUCAAAAAGGUACAAGAGUUGAUCAAGAAGUUCGUACAAGUUAAGAUUAGAUAUGUUCCAAGAAUUGAGAACCGAGAACUCGCGAGCAAAUGCUUUGGCAAGAUUAGCAACAGCCUCGCAGGAGAGCUUGGAUAGGCUAAUUCCAGUAGAGCACCUAGCAGAACCGUCUGUGUGUAUUAAGGAUGAAGAAACACUACUUGUGCAAGCCCCACCAAGCUGGAUGGACCCUAUCCUAGGGUACCUUCAGCAUGGAACUUUGCCAGAAGAUCCCAAAGAAGCUGCCA